AUGGCAGAAAAUCAAAAGGCUGGCCUCGGAAAGAAGAUUUCCUCCCAACGCUAUCAAAUCUCUCGUACUUUUACCUAUGGGAGUGCGGAGAAGAAUUUGAUCGUGAGAGAAUUUGGAGAGUUUGAUCUCAAGGGUGCUGUAUUAAUUGAAGGCUUUCCGAGUGGGGCAACUACAAUUUCGACUGCUGCUGGAUAUGUGGUUGAACAAUUGGAUCUUCCAUUGAUUGGAGAUGUGAUCAGUGAGGUAUUUCCACCUGUUUGUUUGAUUAAUAAUUACACACCACAAAGUGGAGUCAGAAUAUAUGGUAAUAACAAGAUUGUUGUAUUCACAAGUGAAUAUGAAUUAAAGGAUCCAUUCGUUUCUCAUCAAAUGGUGAAUGCUUUGUUUGAAUUUGGAAAGAGACAUGGAUGUAAAUGUAUUGUUAGUUUGGAAGCUAUUCCAAUGGAUGAAAAGAAGAAGAGAUUAAUUGCAGGAGAAGAUGUUGAAGAUAUUCAAACUCCAAUUCAUCCACCUUCUCGUGAGGAAUUAUUGAAAUUGUUAACAGCUGCUAGUAAUGAAGAUACUAGUGACCAAAGUGAUAGCAUUUACUUUAUUACAAAUGAUCAAGAAAUGGCUGAUACUUUGGUGAAAUAUGGCCAUUUCCCAAUUAAGGAUAAUAUGGUGCUAAGUGGAAUUAGUUCUGUUGUUUUAGGAAAGGCUCCAUUCACUGAUUUGGUGGUUGUUGGAUUAUUUGCACCAAUUUCAUUAACUCAAGAAAUUUUGUCAACCAAACCAAUCAUUUCUAUUGUUCAUGCAAUCGAUAAAUUGUUGGGAGAGGAAUUAUUUAUCAAGACUGAUAAACUUGAAAAGACCGGAGAAGCUAUCAGAAUUAAGCUUAAUGAGGUUUUAGAAAAGCAAAAAGAAACCAAAGAUGCCUAUAACCCAAUGUUCUUGUAAAUGCAAUCUAGUUAUUAAAUAAUAUGAUAACUAGAUAUUUAAUAUUAGUUGGAUGGAAUUG